AUGCUGGGAUUUUUGUUACAACAGGUAGGUUUUGGGGGUUUUUAUUGAUUUUGACAUUUCGUCACAUUUAUUGAUUUUUUUGUUUAAAUAGUAGGGUGGAGCAAAUUGAGUAAAAAUUUUAUUUGUUUUUUAUAAAAAUAAUCUUUUUUAUGUUUUUACUAUUUUCCGAUAACUUUUUGGCACUUCGUUCAAUUUUUCAAUAAUCUUGUGACAUUUCGUCAUCUUUAUUGUUUUUUCUGUCUAAAUAGUAAAACAAAGCAAAUUAAAUUUAAAUUUUGGUUAUAACUUACAUAAAAACAAUAUUUAGAACUUUCAUUAUUUUUCAAUAACCUUUUGACACUUUGUUUAUUUUUCUAAUAAUAUUGUGACAUUUCGUCAAAGACAACAAGAAAUUUAAAAAUUGCAAAACUAUGUCAAAUUUUUCAGUUUCAACACAUUAUAGUUGAAAUAUAUGGCUUUUUCUUCAUGUUAUACAACAUUAACACAUUACCGGCACUAAAGCGUGCCGUUUACGAAGACUUUUACUGGUUGAUGGGGAAGGGAGAUGGUAUGCAAAAACCAAGUGUCGUAUUGAAUGACGAGAACACUGAUGAGCGUUUCAAACAUUUAAGAGACAUGUGGGAUGGUAAACUGAGCGAUAAUACGUGA